AUGGCGCCAACACAACCCCGCGCCAGGAAGGCUCCCAGGUCGUGGGACGCCCUUACCCCGAGCCUUGCGCAAUGGAUCCUUGACUACCUCUCCUCGAUGGGCUUUGAACAGCCCACACCAGUGCAGAAAUCAUGUCUGGACAUCUUCCGCGGCAACAAGGACGUCGUGGUGGAGGCCGUCACUGGCAGCGGGAAGACCCUGGCGUUCUUGAUACCCGUGGUCGAGAAACUCCUGCGCUGUGAGGAGCCCGCAAAGCGACACCAUGUCCAGGGCAUUAUCAUCUCUCCGACCCGGGAACUCGCGUCGCAGAUCUACAACGUCCUCGUAUCCCUCAUCAAGUUCCAUGCCCCGUCCGCCGAUCUCCUACCAUACUCGAAAAGCGAUGAGAAGCGGCCUGCGACGGCUGAGCCGGUGGUUGUCCCGCAGCUCCUGGUUGGAGGGACGACCAAGGCCGCCGAAGACCUGAGCACAUUCCUGCGGCUGUCACCGAACCUGCUCAUCGGCACCCCCGGGCGCCUUGCAGAACUGUUGUCGAGCCCCUAUGUCAAGGCGCCUUCUUCCUCGUUUGAGGUGCUGGUUAUGGACGAGGCCGACCGCCUUCUCGAUCUUGGCUUUUCCCAGGAACUUACUCGGAUACUGGGCUACCUCCCGAAACAGCGACGUACUGGGCUGUUCAGUGCCUCAUUAAGCGAAGCGGUAGAGAGGUUGAUUACUGUGGGCCUACUAUACCCGCACAAGAUCACGGUGCGGGUGAAGAGCUUAAAGGACGGCGGUGUCAUCCAGGAGAGGAAGACGCCCAUGUCGUUGCAGAUGUCUUACAUUGUGACGCCGGCAAGCCAGAAGAUCCCCGCUCUGUGCCAGCUGCUAGAAAAGCUCGAGCCACGCCCGUCCCGGUCCAUCGUCUUCUUCUCCACCUGUUUCGCCGUCAAGUACUUCGCCCGGGUCCUGCACGGGAUACUACCCUCGGGCUUUUCCAUCGUCUCGCUCCACGGCAAGCUCGAACCGCAGGUCCGCGAGAAGAACUUCGAGCGCUUCGUCAACGCCACCUCCCCCACCGUCCUCCUCACGACCGACAUCGCCGCCCGCGGCCUCGACAUCCCCCAGGUGGACCUCGUCGUCCAGCACGACCCGCCCACCGACACCAAAGUCUUCAUCCACCGCUGCGGGCGCGCCGGCCGCGCCGGCCGCCGCGGCCUAGCCGUCGUCAUGCUCCAGCCGGGCCGGGAAGAAGGCUACGUGCAGCUCCUCGAAGUGCGGCAGACGCCCAUCACCCCCCUUGAAAAGCCGGCCAUCUCGGUGACCGACGCCGACGCCGAGUCUGCCGCGUCCAAGAUCCGCGCCCAGGCCCAGGCCGACCGCGAGAUCUUCCAGCUCGCGCAGCGCGCCUUCGUCAGCUGGGCGCGCAGCUACAUCGAGCACCAGGCGAGCUCCAUCUUCCGGGUGGCGGACCUCGACUGGGCCGACCUGGCCAAAGGGUACGGCCUGCUCGAGCUGCCCAAGAUGCCCGAGGUGAAAGGGCUCGAUCGCUCGCUGGGGCUGGGCAUCGACACGGAGAGUAUCCCGUUCCGGGACAAGGUCCGCGAACAGAAGCGCCUGGCCGAGCUGGAGCGGUGGAAGAAGGAGAAGGCGGAACGGGAUGCCGAGCGGGCGGCGGGGAAUAGUAGUACUGGCGCUCCGUCGUUGAAGAGGAAGAAGAAUGAGGCGUGGAGCGGGAAGCACGAGGCUGAGGAUCUCAAGCUUGCGCGGCGGGAGAAGAAGAGGAGGAAGAGGGAGGCGCAGCGGCUAGGGAAGAUGACGGAGAAGGAGAAGGAAGAGCAGCGGAAGCUGGAGGAGAUGAUUGGGCAGGUGAGGAAGAGGAAUGAGGAGGCGGUUGCUGCUGUUGCUGGGGGGGCAAGGGCGGUGGUGAUGAGUUUGAGGGGUUUGAUGAUUGAAGGGGAGGAAGGAAGGAAAGUACAAUAA